GCUUGCAACACACAAGAAAACCGUUGGCAUUGAAGGGACCUCGGUGUAAGCCACGACGGACAUGUUGCACGAACUAUAUCAACGGAGAACUGUUAUUACAGAUGGGAGUUUGCUUCCGAAGGCGGUUAUCUUGAUCAUUGUGCUAAUAAGAUCGCAAGUUGAGUCAGACCUGCUGGAAGACGUUACGGAAGUGACGGAGGACGCCACCCGCGGCCCGUUGCCGUACUGCAGCCUGUUCACGAACCGCGCCCCCCACCCCGAGCACAAGCUGGUCAAGUGUUCCUGGUUCCACAACGACGCCUGCUGCUACCAGGAAGAGGUGGACAGGAUAUUCCCUACAGUGGUGCCCCCUCCCGGAGCUAACCAGAACUGCACAGACCACCUGUACUAUCUGAUGUGUUACAUCUGCUCUCCCCGCCAGCAUCUCUUCUACAGGGACGAAGUCGUCACAAUCUGUGAAGACCUCUGCAACCGCCUUUUCGAAGCCUGUGCAAACGCCACUCUGAAGGGUCAGCGGAUCGGCGAGCAGUACUCCUCCGGGAGGGACUACUGCGAAAGCCGGAAGUUCAGGGUGGACAGGCUGAACAGCGGCAACUGUUACUCUCACAACUUCUCCAUCGUGGAGGACUUGGACCCGCCAAGCUCCCACCAAGAUGGCGCCGGGAGUACCGUAUCACUUGUUGCCAUGAGCUUGAUAAUUGCAAGGACGUUAAUGACGGCGUCAUGACAAAAUUAUCACACUUAUAAAAGUUGUAAAUAUGUAGCUCUCGUCCUGCCUUUGUUCGUCAUACCUAUUGUGACGACCUUUGACCUUUCCAUCAACAUGACUCUGUGUCGCCAGUUGUAAUGACCUUGAGAAUCACAAGGACGUUCAUUAUACGAGAAUUGUACAUAUUGUGAAUAUAUAUAAAGGUGCCAAAUAGAUUUUAAGUGUAUGCCAAUCAAUAUCCCUUGAAUAUUUCUAGCCUUAAAAACCAAGAUGGCGCCAGCGAUGUUCGUGUCUCUAGUUGUCAUGACCUUGGUAGUCACAAGGACUUUAUAACGUUGUAAGGCCACAAUCAUGAGAA